AACAACAUUGGAUUUGUCAAGAUGGUUACGGUUAUUGGCGAUUUUAAAGUAAGAUUUCCUCAAGUCCCCGAUCAAGGGAACUUGGAUGAAGGUGGUCUUAUUUGCGCCUUUUGACGUUAUAUGAGAUUUUCUUAUUUCACAAGAUCUUUACUAAGCAAAUCCUUAAGACACGACCUUAAGAUUAAUCUUCAGUCGCAGUUAUGAAAUCAAAAGACAUCUGAAGACUGUUCUUGAGACGAUCUCAAGUAUAAGACUGGGCUAUGAAUAUCAUCCAUAGAUUUAUAUGAAGCAGGUCAUAUGGGAUGCAAUUUUGAGCGUGAGAAACCUAUCGUUGUAUAGGACAUAGUAGCAAAGUUCCUUUUGUCAAAUAUAAUAUGUGGAAGACAAAGAUAUUGUAAAAACAAAAGUACCUUUUCGUGUCUUUCGCGUAAUUGUUAUAGUUAAAGUAUCUUCAACUAAUUACUUUUUGACAUAAAUAGGUUAGUAUCUUUUUGUAGGGGACGUUGGUACGAAUCAAUUACUUUAUUUAAAUCUAUAUGAUUCAAUAAAAAAAACGUAUUUUGUCAUCAUAUGAUUUGCACAUGGCCAUAUACAGAGAAAAUUAUUAUACCAGAUUAUGUUUCCUUUGAAACUAUUCAUUUCUUGCCUUAAACAUUUUUUCAUACAGUGGGUAGUGUUUCAGUAAUUUGCAUAUAUUUCUUGAAAUCAAACACCCUAUAUAUAUUUUAAUGUUGGAAGUAUAGCUAGAAAGAAAAAUAUCUGUUCCUUAUACUUUUUAUUUCGUAUUUUCCAUUUAUUUCUUAUUUUCUAUCAAAUAUUAUUAUAUAUAUGUCGGGUUCUUAUUAUGAUUAGCGUUAGGGUCGUGUAACGAAUCUUCGCCUGGGUUGUUCAUCAUUGUUGUACAAUCGAGAUAGCGUUUAUUAUCACAGACAUAGAUAGUACAAGAUUGACAAGUGGCUGCGGUAACUAGACGCUAAUGACAAUGACCUUAGGUUCGAUAUGACGAAUCCACGGUCCACGAGCUAACUCUUUGUUAAACUGAGAAUAUAUUUUGAAGCACAAAGUAACAUUCGCUGUGACGCUCGGUAUAUACUGCACGUAAAGACGAUGUGUAAUUCUCCAAGGGCAUUCUCUAGGGCAUAAGAUUUUCACACUGCGCUUCUCUCUUUUCUCUCAACGGAGUCCUAGGCCAUCGUACAACGCUCGCAUACAUACUAUGAAGGGGAUACAUACUUGUGUGUGGUUGUGCUAUACGUUCCUUCACUCUCGCACGUACAAUACAAAUGUACCAUAUGUGGCUCUUAGUUUGAAAAACCUGUCUACGAAGUAGGAAAGGUGAUAAAUGAUGAAAUUUUGUCAACACUGGUAACGAGUCAACAGUUCAGUACUUUCCUCGGAAUCUUGAGGGAGAAAAAUUACCUAGAGAAAAUAAUAACAAAUUUGUUAAGUUUAUUAAUAUAUUCACAUAGUAGACCGUAGACGAUACAUUUUAUGUCUCAUGAGACAUGCGACAUGCCGCGAGACCAAGCAUAGAUUUUCAAAUUUUAUAGUUGGACAUAGAUACACAACUGUCUUGUAACUAUACUAUUAUUAUCAGUACCAGAAAUGCGUUCGGUUGCCGUCGAUCGUUUGGUAGCCGACAUAUUAUCUUUGAAGAGAACGCUUUGCAUAUAUUCUGUUAGAUGGGAACACUAUCUGCUUCGCAUGUAUAUACAAGUUUCCGGUGAACCAAAAUAAGAAGAGAAACCUUUGUUUGAGUUAAUGAAUUAAAAACUAUUUGAAAGUGAUCUGUGGAACAGUAUAAUUCAGAGAGAUGAGGACGGAAGUUACAGAGUCACAACAUUUCAAAAACUUAAAAGAAUUAUUCGAUAACGUGGGUAACUUGAAACCAUGGCCAGAAAUUGGAGAACUACGAGAUUCAACUGAUUAUGUGUACAGUGGUUUAGAAAUAAGCGCAGGAAGAACGCGGUUAGAAAAAUUGGAUAGAGAAGUACAUCCGAAAACGUUGCUCUGUCAUGAUAUGAAAGGUGGCUACCUAGAAGACAGAUUUAUAUAUGGAUCAGAAUCUUAUGAUUCUUACCUAUUUUAUCACUGGAGUGUUAUUGACACUUUUGUGUAUUUUAGUCAUCAUUUCAUAACUGUGCCCCCUUUUGGAUGGAUUAAUGCAGCACAUAAUCAUGGUGUAAAAGUUCUUGGUACUGUAAUUACGGAAAGAGAAGGUAUCUGGGAUGUUAUACUUGAAUCUCAUGAAGAAGUAAGAAGAUUUGCAGAUGCACUAAUACUUGUUGCAAAAUUUUAUAAGUUUGAUGGCUGGUUAUUAAAUAUUGAAAAUACCAUUAAAAGUGAGCAAGUUAAUAAUUUAAUUUAUUUUGUAAAAUAUCUAACAGAAAAUAUUCAUGAAGCAAUUAGAAAUUCUGAAAUUAUAUGGUACGAUAGCGUAACCAAUGAAGGAAAAUUAAAUUGGCAAAAUGAGCUUAACAGUAAAAACAUAGAUUUCUUUUUAAACUGCGAUGCCAUUUACUUGAAUUAUAACUGGACGAAAUCAAAAUUGAAAAACAGUUUGGCACUAGCAAAAACUCACAGUCGAGAUAUUCAUGAUAUAUAUGUAGGAGUUGAUGUUUGAGGUAGAGGUUGUUCUGGCGGUGGUGGAUUUAAUUCAUCAUAUGCUUUACAAAGAAUACGACACGAAGGACUUUCUGUUGCACUUUUUGGUCCAGGUUGGACUCACGAAUUUUUCGGAUCUAAGACAUUCCAAGAAGUAGAAGAUCUAUUUUGGGCACAGUUGUUUCCUUAUUUAUAUGUUCAUGUACCUAUCUACGAAGAAGAAGUAUUUAAAACAUCAUUUUGCCGUGGCAGUGGUAGCAUGUAUUAUCGCUGUGGUCAGGUAUGUCAAAUUUUGACAAACACAUUAUUUUUAACAAACUGAAUUUAUCGUAAAAGAUAUAACUUAAAAAACACGAAAUUGGCACCCU